UUGUCAUCUUGUAUCUUCUUUUACUGACAACUGAAAGCUGAAUUUAAUCUUGUCAAACCAAAAGUAUAUGUUUUAUUUUAGAAGAAAAAAUUGAAAAUUGUGAGAAAUGGAUUUUCAAAAUAGACCAGGGGGUAAAACGGGAGGUGGUGGUGUCGCAUCAUGGUCAGAAACAAACAGAGAUCGCAGAGAAAGGUUAAGGCAGUUGGCAUUAGAAACUAUCGAUUUACAGAAAGAUCCGUAUUUUAUGAAAAAUCAUUUAGGUUCUUAUGAAUGUAAGCUCUGUCUGACACUACAUAACAACGAGGGUAGUUACUUGGCCCACACUCAAGGAAAAAAACAUCAAGCUAAUUUAGCAAGGCGUGCUGCGAAGGAAGCUAAGGAUGCUCCCACUCUUUUGCAACCGGAAAAGCCGAGGGUAGAACCAAAAAAGUUUGUGAAAAUUGGAAGGCCUGGCUACCGUGUAACAAAACAAAGAGAUCCAGAAACAGGCCAGCAAAGUCUGCUAUUUCAAAUAGAUUAUCCAGAAAUAAAUGAUAUGGUUUUGCCCCGUCAUCGCUUCAUGUCUGCUUAUGAACAGAAAAUCGAACCUCCAGAUCGCAAGUGGCAGUAUCUUCUGUUCGCUGCAGAACCAUACGAGACGAUAGCAUUUAAAGUGCCAAGCAGAGAGGUAGAGAAAACUGACAACAAAUUUUGGACCCAUUGGAACAAGGAUACUAAGCAAUUUUUCUUACAAUUUGCAUUCAAGAAUGAAAACAAGAGGACAGCAAAUACUGUAGUCCAGAGACAUGCGCCUUUAAUUGGAGGCGUUCCGCCUCCACCAAUGUUACCUGUUCCGCCACCACCGAGGCCACCUAUGUUUAACCCCAUACCUCCACCACCACCGCUAAUGAGGGCCGUGUUGCCCGUACCUCCUCCUCAUUAAUAUUAAAUAGUGAAAUGUCGUGUAACUUUUGUUUUCAUAAUGAAAAAUAAAGCAUUUUUAUACGUAGUUUAAAAAUAAAUAAAUCUUGUGGAAUAAG